AGCGUUUGGGGGGAAGGGGGCGGUCCUGCUAACAUUCCGCAACAGAAGAGGCCUCCCCCCAUUGGCCUCAUGACCAUGGCUCCAGAGGCUCUACUGAUGGCACAGCGCCACCUGAAGCGCCUGCCAACCAUAUCCUCAGUGAGCACGGCUGACUCAAGUGUGCAGGACAAGACGUUGCCAGUGAAGAACACCUUCAUUGACCUCGACAUUGGCAGGCCUCCCUCCCUGGACGAGUUCUUCAGCGAACGGCUCAUCCGCUCGGCGCCGGGAAGUCAAAUCGAGGAUCUCCCCGAGGAGCCUCCGAAGGAGGCUCAAGAUCCCCCGGUCCUUUGCUUGGCUAAGGCUCUCUCCUUCACAGGCCCAGCGAGGAAGCCCAGCUACAGCCUCGGCUCCGAAGGCCACAACGCCAAGGAAUGCCACCCUUGUGCGUUCUACUGGAAGGACAAGGGCUGCAGCAGCGGGGCGGAGUGUAAUUUCUGCCACCUCUGUGGGCAAGGUGAGAAGAAGCGCCGGCAGAAAGAGAAGCGGAUUGUGUGGCGAAGCCUGGACCGCGUGCGCCAGGCCUUCACCGGCAGGAUGGACUAAAGCAAUCCAGAUGCACCCCAGCGGUCCCGCAAGCGCAAAAGUCGCAACUGCGGAGGUUGAGACGAAAGCUGGAGGGCACUCUUGGGUGAGUGCAGGCAAAAGCUGGCUCUGCAGCAAGUGUGGGCAGCAGCUCAAAACAAGGGGCAGUCUUAGUGACAUAGAAAUGAAGGCUGCUGUGGUCUGCACAGGACAGGCAAGCAGCACUGUGUGGGAGGC